AUGCCGACCAGCGACCCCGUGGACUCGGGGCCAGACGGCUCCUUCCCACCUUCCAACAACUCGCCCGCCAUCCACAGCGACGCACCGUUGCCCAGCACCUCCACGCCGUGCGGAAUCGCAUGUGCGUGCCUCAAUGUCCAGAUCGCCGGGCGCGUUCCAGACGAUCUGCUCGACAAGGUCCACGCCGGACCGUCAGCCUUCGAGCACGACAGCAGGCACCAGGUCUGGCUCCCGUCCGAAGCGGAGAAGAUCGUGCACCUGGACCUGGCUCGAUUCGAGAAUGCCAGCGAAAGCAAGGACAGCAAGUCCACGAAGGACAGAAAGAGCGAUAAGGACGAGGACCGCGAUCCAGCGGACGAACCGAGCUGGCGCAAGUGCUUGGUCUGCGGUGUGCGCGUGUACGAGGCGAAGGGGAAGAAGAAGGAAGACACGGCGCCGGAGAAUGCGUGGGUCACAGUAGACUUCAGCAGCGGCGUUCUUUUCGGCGAAGCCCUCGACAAGGCACUUGAGAAGCCGACGCUUCCGUUCACGGGACUACACUUGGAUAUCCCGAAGGACAGCAGUUUCGGACGACCGCCAGAGGCGACCGAGAGCGCACCUCAGCUCCCAUCACAUUUCCUGCCGCCGGUGCCGGAUCCGUUCUUCCUCCCGCCGCCCUUCAUCCCGAGUCAUGCCAAGCUGCGGGAGAUGUGCAAAUCGGCCGUCGUGAAGCUGCAGGACAAGCGAGGAGAGAUGGAGGCCGACAUCGUGGCGUACGUCAACGCGCGAGUGGAGGACAUGCGGCGGCUGGAGGACGAGGUCCGCGGCGAGGUCGAGGUGCUCUGGUCGCGAUGGGCGGACGCUCAUGCCCAGCCAAGCGAGCAGCAUCCGGCUCCACCGAAGCCUCGCGAGUCCUUCGACGGCAAGAAGGACGGCAAGAAGGAGGUGCCGUUCACGGAUCUCGAGCGGCCGUCGGGAGUGACAGUGUCGCCGCCAAAGAUCUCGGGUCAGCACAACUACCACGCCGCCCAGAACCAAACGAGCUCCCUGCUCGCCGCUAGCAUUAGCGCCAACGCCUUCCAUGCCCCGCCACCGAAACAGUUCGACGACAACAAGCUCGAGAACAUUGCCAAGACGGUCUCACGCGAGCAGGGCGUCGACCGCGAGGUUGCGAUGAGCUUUGCCUUCUCAACAAUGGAGGAGCAGGCGCUGAAGCACGGACGGCGGAAGAAGGAAGAGGAGAAGGCCGAGGACGUCGAGGUGGAGGUCGAGGAAGAGGAGAAGGGUAUCGACUCAUGGAUUGGGCUCGAGCGCGCCGAGGCGCGCAAGCGCGUGGAGCGGGGUACCAGGCGGCAGAGCGCGGCCGCGUCCGCCGCCGAGAACGCCGAGAAGGCUCGUGCUGCGUCCGCAGACGCGAAAGAGAAGGGCAAGGAGAAGGAGAAGGACAAGGGCAAGACCGAGAAUGGCGAGCCGUCCGGAGAGAAAAAGAAGGGCGUCAAGUUCCAGGAGCCUGAGAAGAGUGCAAAGGACUCGAAGGACGCAAAGGACGCCAAGGAGUCUGCGAAGGAUGGCGAGAAGGAGGACACAGAUGGGGAGAAAGACGGGCACGUCGAUGGCCUUGCGGUCGACAACGACGACGAGGAAGCGCCCGAGUUACCAGAACAGGAGCGCCCGAAAUCGCACCGCGAGGCGCGCAUCUGGUCUAUGCUGGACGACAACUUGUCUCGCACGUUUGCGGCCGAGGCGCCCUCCCACCGCGCGGCCUGGUCCAAGUUCGAGGGCCAGAUGAGUUCCGUCCUGCACCGCUCAGACAGCGACGACGACGACGACAGCCCGGCCACGAGCGCGCUCGCGCGCAGCAUGCCGAUCAACAUCGCGAUGAAGCCGUGCAAGACGAGCGCAGAGUACCAGAUCAAGACCUCGGUCAGCGACAGGGAGGGCGUCGUCGUGCCGAACCUGAUCCGCGCGAUGCGCGAGCGACCCGGCCGGCGCCGCGGGAGCGCCGCGCUCGGAAGAGAGAGAGAGCAGGUCAUGAGCUAUGCUGCUGACCCCGGGGCUGUGUUUGAGAGUCUGGCAGAGGCCAGCAUCGACUCGGACGACGACGAGGAUACCACCGGCGGCGCGCGCAGGAAGAACGGCCAGUUCGUCCCGCCGCACGUCCUCGCGGCCAAGAAGGAGAAGCAGCCCGAGGUCGGCUGGAGGAGCCUUGCGUCAUAG